AUGGAUACCCCACCGCACUGGUCAUUGAAUUACUUCAAAGACCUUCUCCCCGACGAGACCGCCACCCAGAUCCAGUCCUUCCUCCUCAGCCCGUCCAGCCCCCUUCGCAACCUCUCCCACCUUCUCUCGACCGCCACCGCGCAGAUGUACCCUCUGUUCGCGACUGCCCUCGACCGCCUUGCCGCGUUCGUGUCAGCGUCCCCCAACAUCGUGUCGGCCGCGCUUGUCCUGAUGCUGGCAGUGUUGAUGCUCCAGAUUCUGAGCAUGGUGCACAGGAUGGUGCUAUAUUUUACGCGGCUCGUCUUCCGGAUGCUCUUCUGGGCGGCGGUCGUGGCACUCAUGGCGGCGGCCUGGCAGAGAGGGCUAGAGCAUAGCCUACGAGAUGUUGUGACGGUGGGUGGGCAGGUCGUUGGAUGGGUGAUGGGCGUUGUUGGUGUUUGGGUCCGCGAGUAUGAAAAGGCGCAGGCGCAGUCGCAGACGCAGGGUCAGACGGCGUAUGGUGGUUAUCAACAGCGGCAAAGGUAG